AUGUUCUCGUCACGCGUGCGCUCGCGUGCCCGGCUGGGGCGCCUUCGCCUUGCCCCCACACCAGUCUCACGACCGCCUGGGAACGCAAGGCCCUCACACUCAUCGAGCAGACCCUCGGCGUCGUCUGCAAAGGGGAAUGCGGCGGACUAUUCCAUCGCGCUGGGUGGGCUGGGCCGGCGCGGCGGGCCGUGCUCGGGGCGGCGGCACGACGACGGCACGUGGGCGGCCGUGGCGCUGUCGACGGACCAGACGGGCAGCAACGAGGACGAGGUGGCGUGGCUCGCAGCGGCGCAACAGGGCGGCGGCGGCGGCGGCGGCAGCGGCAGCAGCAGCAGCAGGGAGGACCGGGACGGGUGA